AUGGGCUCUCAUGGCUGCUGCAGAUAUUCUCCCUGCGUAGCCUUUCUGGUGGUGGAUGCGGCUUUUUCCGUAUCCGUGGAGCCUUCGGUGUUAAAUGUUUCUGGUGGUUUUGGUGGUGCUCUUGCUCGCUGGGACGGGGUGGUGGGCGCUGCUGCCGGUGGUUCCCUCCAGCCUCCCUUGCCUUUUGUUUUUGUGCUCCCCAGUUCGAGUGAGGGCUUCGGCAUAGCGGAGAAGAUCGUGCUGCUCACCUUUAUCUCCGCCGUUAUUCUCAUGGCCAUCCUGGGGAACCUGCUCGUGAUGGUGGCCGUGUGCAGGGACAGGCAGCUCAGGAAAAUCAAGACGAAUUAUUUCAUUGUUUCACUUGCCUUUGCGGACCUGCUAGUAUCAGUACUGGUGAUGCCAUUUGGAGCCAUUGAGUUGGUUCAGGACAACUGGAUCUAUGGGGAGAUGUUCUGCCUGGUCCGAACAUCCCUAGAUGUUUUGCUCACAACAGCAUCAAUACUUCAUCUGUGCUGCAUUUCACUGGACAGGUACUAUGCCAUCUGCUGCCAGCCGCUGGUCUACAGGAACAAAAUGACUCCACUGCGGAUCGCUGUAAUGCUUGGAGGGUGCUGGGUAAUCCCAACAUUCAUUUCUUUCCUUCCUAUAAUGCAAGGCUGGAAUAGCAUUGGCAUCAUUGAUCUGAUUCAGCAAAGACAGUUCAACAAGGUUUCCAACUCCACUUACUGCAUUUUCAUGGUCAACAAGCCAUAUGCCAUUACCUGCUCAGUGGUGCUGCAGCGCGCGGGGGCCCCCGCGGAAGGCCGGCAGCACCACCCGGACCAGCACAGCACGCACCGCAUGAAGACUGAGACCAAAGCUGCCAAGACCCUGUGCAUCAUCAUGGGCUGCUUCUGCCUGUGCUGGGCCCCCUUCUUUAUCACAAACAUAAUAGACCCUUUCAUAAACUACACUGUGCCAGGGAAGCUGUGGACAGCGUUCCUGUGGCUGGGCUACAUCAAUUCAGGGUUGAACCCCUUCCUGUACGCCUUCCUGAACAAGUCCUUCAGACGUGCCUUCCUCAUCAUCCUGUGCUGCGGUGAUGAGCGAUACCGAAGGCCUUCCAUCCUGGGGCAGACCGUCCCCUGUUCCACCACCACAAUAAAUGGAUCGACUCACGUGCUAAGGUAUUCUGUUUUAUAUAAUGGUCAUCAUCAGGAACAUGAGAAGCUUCCCAUCCACAAUGACCCAGAAUCCCAAGAGUCCUGUUUCUAA